CAUUUUACAAACACGUCAUAUUAUCUGCGUGUUUUACUGCAGGUUGUCACAAGAACGACCCUGUUUUAAGUAAAUGGCUCUACAGCGUUACGUGAGACAGCUCGAUCGUACAUCCAAGCUAUUCUUAUAAAUAAUUGCCACAAUGGCAGCUAGCAGUAAUAAUUUUGAACAGAAAUUACCAAAUGGGGUUAUUGUUUGUGUUGAUGAUGGUGAUAUAUUUGACAAUUCAGCCGAUGUUUUGGUCUGUAGUUCCGGAAAAUCUGUAAAGAACCAAGGUGCCAUUGCGGAUCAGCUGAAAACACGAGGGGGAAAGGGCUGCAUAAGUUCACUGAAUAAUCUAUACGAUGGAAAAUACAAACUUGGUGAAGGAGAUGUGUAUGAAAUACACCCAGGAGAUUUACAGAAAGAUUUUAGUAUUAUCUAUUUGGCAGUAACUGGUCAAUAUAUUGAGCCUAUAGGUAUAGGCCGAUUUAAAAUUUAUGAUCCCUGGGGAGAUGAUCUGAAAACUUUGUAUUCAAAAAUACUAUCAAAGGCAGACAAGGAUGGGAGAAGGUCUAUCACUAUACCAGUUUUAGGAUCAGGUAGAGCUGGAGGACCUGUUGAUAUUUGUAUAGAAGUCGCCAUUGAAUGUAUCAACAAAUUCAAACCGAUCAACUUAGUUCAUGUUAACAUAGUUACCAAUACAUUCAUGACAUACAAACAGAUCCGUGACGUAUUAAAAUCAACGGCACCAAAAUAUUCCACAUCGAAAUCGGCAUCCGCAAGUUCAAAAAAGACCACCAAUGAUUCUUUAUCAGUUGAUAAAUUUCCAACUACAGAUUCCAAGAGAAACAAAUCUUAUGCUCAAGUCUCCGUUGGACUAAAUGAUCCAGAUAUAGACAAAUACCACAAUAUCAAGACAGAAAAUAGAAGGACAUAUAGUCUUAAGAAUGGGAAACCAAGUUCAUAUGUUGAACAGGACUUUGACAGUGAGUCGGUGUCAAACUACAGAAAAAUGUCAGAUGCCCAGAAAACGGAGAAUAGGUCAAAUAAACAGAAACCAUCAUGUGUGGACACAUUUUGUAAACAUUGUAAAAAGGCUUUCAAUGCCCCAAAUUGCACCCCGGCUUGUGACCAUAGACUUUGCCGUGAUUGUGCUGGGUCCAAAGAUCCAUGUCCGAUUUUUCAAGAUGAUGAUGAUGUGAAGGAAGAUUCCACUUCUCGUAAACAGAAAACUUGUGAUCAUUGUAAAGACGUUAUCAGAGGUCCUGAUUGUACUCUGAGGUGUGGCCAUAUUGCUUGCUCAAAGUGUCAAGCAUCAAAGUAUUCAUGUCUGGAUUCUCAAGAUAAUGGCCCAGAAGUUGACCAAUAUUUACAAGAAUUGUCCUCAAAAGGUGACAGUGACGACAGUGACGACACUGACGUUGAAGAUGACCACAUUAAGGAAGAAGAAGAUGACAUUGAAACUUGCGCUAUCUGUAUGGAAGUACCUUUAAUUCCGAAAUGUUUGACUAAAUGUGGCCAUGUUUUUUGUACAGAUUGUAUUGAGACCCGUUUUAAAUUUUACAAACCUGCCUGUCCAACUUGUGGAACAACUUAUGGUAUUUUGACAGGUAAUCAGCCCACCGGAGUCAUGGAGAUCAUGAAAUUGUCUACAGGUGUAGAAGGAGAAGAAAGAGCUGGCUGCUAUCAGAUAAAUUAUGUUUUUUCGUCUGGCGUUCAAGAUGAGAAUCAUCUAAACCCAGGCAUCAGGUAUUUACCAACAAGUCGUACAGCCUAUUUACCAGCUACAACCGAGGGUAAAAAAGUCUGUAAGAUGUUGAUAGUUGCAUUUAAAAGAAAACUGAUUUUUACGGUGGGAAGGUCAAGGACAACCGGACUAGAAGAUCGUAUAACGUGGAACGAUAUACUCCAUAAAACAUCCAUGAAUGGUGGUCUAGCACACUUUGGUUAUCCAGACCCCACGUAUUUGAAUCGUGUAAUGGAAGAAUUAGCCAGUAAAGGAAUAACGGAAGAUGACAUCCGAGAUGUUGAACUACGCGAUCAUGAAGUCAUCCAUGCUUAAAUUAUUUAAAUAUGACUUAAUGAUCCACGGUAAUUGUUUAAUCACCAUUGAGGUGCUACCAAGAACUGAUAACGACAGCAAAGACAACUUUAGAAUAUGAUAUUAAAGAUGCAUUAUGUAAGAUUUAGAUUGUUCAAAAAAGAUAGCAAAAUGUGAAUAUAUUGUAAAUGUCGUUCAAAUUACUUUAUUCUGAGCGAAGUUAUGACUGUUUAAAGAUGUAGCGUAAAUCAUUUAUUAUCGUAGUAACUAUACUGAACAAAGGUAACUAAGUGUCGAAUAUCCAUCUUAUCUUACAAAUUUUAAAUCUUCCGAGAUUUCUAAUCCAUUUAGAUCUCUGCCACCCGAGGACUACGAAUUUGAUUAUGGGCUUGUCAUGUUAAUAACAUGUCUAAAUAAUAGUUUAUAAUAACAUUGGAAUCCAAGAUAACGACUUGCUAUAGGCGGAUUUUGCUCUUACCUAAUGCAUCUUUAAGUGAAUGACAGUUUUGUUGCUGCUCCAUACCCAAGUCUGUUACCAACUGCUGAGAUUGGACGCAGAACUAUUAGAUACAGUUUUAUUUCCACGGGACAACGUGGUCUUUUGCUAGCAGACGUAGUAUUGGUUUUUUCAGAAAAGAUAGACAUAAUAAUAUACUCGUUUGAGCCAGAUCCUAUUUCGUUUCGUUUUUUUUUAUAGUUCAAAAUUUUGUUUCACUUGCCUUCGGAUUUUGUUGAUGUGACGGAUUAGCCAAUAAAGCUGUCUGUUGUGGCGAGUUCUUGGCGUGCGGUGCACGGAACGAUGGCUAGACAUUCGCAGCGAGGACAAAACAAACUUUGUAUAUCCAAAUACCCACUUGAAACAUCAAAGUUGAUAGGUUAAUCAAAUGUCAGAACCACACCCCCUUUUUAAAUAGAUGAUUUUAGAGUACUUAAACUUUGAUUUGAUAUUCACAAAUGGAAUACAUUGUAAUAUAAUCUUAAUCUUUUGUGGCCCGUGGGCUUCCUAAAGUCCAUCACGUAAUCUAGAUCUGCCAGUUUCUAUUCGCUUGUUUAUUUGUUUAUUCUAUGGAUUUGACAUGUAAAUACAUGUAUAUAAAUGUU